GGAGGGUGAUGCACGGCGACAGCUAGAAGUUGGAUAGAGUUUCAGCGGCCACUCUAUAUAUAAAGCAGCCAGGGCCCCUGAUGUCACCGCGCUAAUUAAAUUCCGCCGCCGGGCCGCUUCCCUCCGGGGGCUUCUGCGGGGAGCCCCUCGCCCAGCUCCCGCCCGGAGGCUGCCCAGAGGCGCCGGGCCAGAACACCAUGAUGGACCUUUUCGAGCCGGGCUCCUACUUCUUCUACUUGGACGGGGAGCCUGGAGGCCUGCCGCCGCUGGACGUGGCCGAGGGCUCGCCGCUCUACCCGGGCAGCGAGGGCCCGCUCUCGCCCUCCCCCUGCCCGGACCAGCUGGCCCCGGAGGCCGGCGCCGACAGCAGCGGCGAGGAGCAGCAGCACGUGCUGGCGCCGCCGGGCCUGCAGGCGCCCCACUGCCCGGGCCAGUGCCUGGUCUGGGCCUGCAAGACCUGCAAGCGCAAAGCGGCACCCACCGACCGGCGCAAGGCGGCCACGCUGCGCGAGAGGCGCCGCCUCAAGAAAAUCAACGAGGCCUUCGAGGCGCUCAAGAGGCGCACGGUGGCCAACCCCAGCCAGCGCCUGCCCAAGGUCGAGAUCCUGCGCAGCGCCAUCAGCUACAUCGAGCGCCUCCAGGACCUGCUGCGCCGCCUCGACCAGCACGACAAGAGCCAGCCGCUGCUCCUGCCCCCCGACGGUGCCACCGACGCCUUCAGCCCCAGGCCGGCCAACAUGCCCCCUCCCGACUUCCUGAGCACUCCCUGCGGCGCCGACUGGCCCGGCGGCUCAGAGCAGUCCAGGGCGCUGCCCCUCAGUCCCAAGGAAGGCGCGCCCCUGGUUGACACUUCGGCUUCCAGCAGCCUUCGUUGUCUCUCCUCCAUUGUGGACAGCAUUUCCUCCGAAGAUCGCAAAGUGCCCAAUGGAGAGGAAAUGGUGGAGAAGUAGCGCUCUGCGAGUAUUUUUGGAAACGGGCUGUGCCAGCCACUGGCCACCCCUUCGCCCUUGAGACUCAAUCGAGAAUUAAUUUAAUCUUCUGGUGAUCCGGGUGGGGGGGGGGGGAGGUGAUUACAGGAUGCCAAAGGAAAGGCAUCUUCUUAAAAGGAAGAUUUACCCUCCGCAAAGGGCACAGACCAGCUUUCCUUUCUGCCCUUCCAAUGUCAGAGGUAUUUUCUUCCAGCCUCUUGGAUGUAGCCUCGUCCACCCACUCUGCUUCCUUCAAAAUUAAUAUAUGGCCAUGUGAAGAUCCUCUUUGUAUAAUAAGAUACAGAAAAAUUCAUUCCUGUUUGAAUGAAGUUCACAUUUGUUUUUUUAUUAUUUAAAGAAAAAACCUGAGGGUUGUGUUUUGUGUGUAUGAUGUUUUUGUAUAUAAUUUUAGUACUUUCCUCCUUUUUUAAAAAAAGCAAGAUGAAUAUAACAGGUGGCUUGUGAUCUUGUACAUAAAAGCCUGAUAAAGUGUGGAAGGCUGUGAAAUAAAUGUUCAAAAUUC